AUGGCGGGGUUCCUUGGUUUUCUGAAAAAUGCUUGGAACAAAGAACCUGUUAUAUUGGUAUCCUGUGGUAUUGGCCUUCUAGGUGUUGCUCUUCCACUUAUCAGCCCAUGGACAAAGUACACUGGAAUGAUCAAUCGAGCUGUACCCUUAAAUUACCCCGUCCCAAUACGAGAUGAUGGAAACAUGCCUGACAUUCCGGCUCAUCCCAGUGAACCAAAAGGAGAAAAUCUUGACUGGCUUAAAAACUUUUGA